CCCCGGCCCCCCUAAGAUGCUCGGGAAACGCAAGCGCGUGGUGCUGACCAUCAAGGACAAGCUGGACAUCCUGGCGCGGCUGGAGGAGGGCGUGUCCUUCAAGCGGCUCUCGGCGCUCUACGGCAUCGGCGAGUCCACGGUGCGGGACAUCAAGAAGAACAAGGAGCGCAUCGUCAGCUACGCCAGCAGCUCGCACCCCACGAGCGGCGUGUCCCGGCGCAAGUCCAUGAAGUCGUCCACCUACGAGGAGCUGGACCGGGUCAUGAUCGAGUGGUUCAACCAGCAGAAGACGGACGGCGUGCCCGUGUCCGGCACCGUGUGCGCGCGGCAGGCGCGCUUCUUCUUCGACGCGCUGGGCAUGGAAGGGGACUUCAACGCGUCCUCGGGCUGGCUGACGCGCUUCAAGCAGCGCCACGGCAUCCCCAAGGCGGCGGGCAAGGGUGCCAAGCUGAAGGGCGACGAGGGCGCCGCGCGCGAGUUCUGCGGGGCCUUCCAGGAGUUCGUGGAGAGGGAGGACCUGCAGCCCGAGCAGAUCUACGGGGCCGACCAGGCCGGGCUGUUCUGGAAGUGUCUGCCUUCCCGGACCCUGGGCCCGGGCGCCGAGCAGAGCGCGGCCGGCCACCGGGCCAGCCGGGAGAGGAUCAUCAUCAUGUGCUGUGCCAAUGCCACGGGCCUGCACAAGCUCGACCUGUGCGUGGUGGGGAAGGCCAAGCGACCCCGGGCCUUCAAGGGCACCGACCUGGCCAGCCUUCCCGUCACGUACUUCAGCCAGAAGAGCGCGUGGAUCGAGCACGCGGUGUUCAGGCAGUGGUUCGAGAAGCACUUCGUGCCCCAGGUGCAGAAGCACCUGCGCUCCAAGGGGCUUCCAGAGAAGGCCGUGCUGCUGCUGGAUUUCCCCCCGGAGCAUCCCGGCGAGGAGCCGUUGCGGUCCCAGGACGGCAGGAUCACGGUGAAACACCUGCCGCCCAACGUCUCCAGUCUAAUCCAACCCAUGAGUCAGGGGAUUCUCACCACGGUGAAGAGAUACUACCGGACAGGCCUGCUCCAGAAAUACGCGGGCGGAGGGGCUGACCCAAAACUGUUCUGGAAGAACUUGACGGUAUUGGAUGCAGUUCAUGAAGUCGCCAGGGCCUGGAGCCUGGUCAGAUCGAGCACUGUCACCAGAGCGUGGAAGAAACUGUUCCCCGGCAGCGGAGAGAACUCGGGCAUGAGUGUGGACGCAGGAGCCAUCCUCGCCGCAAAUUUGGCAACGGUUUUGCAGAAUACAGAAGACUGUGAUCAUGUUGACAUUGAGAACAUUGAUCAGUGGUUCGAUGCGCGCAGUAGUGCCUCCAGCUGUCCGGUGCUCGCUGGCAGUGAAGGUGCGGGUGGCCAGGGCCCUCGGCCUGAGCAAAGGGUUUCCAGUCAGGCGAAGAAAACAGAGCUGCUGAAUCGGCAGAAGCAUAUCAGUCAUAAAGUCGCGCUGGAAUGGACGGACAAUCUCCUGAACUACCUGGAGCAGCAAGAUGACAUGCUCCUGUCUGAUAAACUGGUCUUGCGGAGGCUCCGAACUAUAAUAAGGAGAAAACAGAAGAUCCAGAUGAACUGACGUCAUGGAUUCUCUUCAGGGUUUCGAGGACUGCAUCUUUGGCUUUUAUCUAGCGGUGGAAUUUUAACUAUCUUGUUUGAAUGCUGUGUAUUCCGAGACCAAAUACAUUUUAUAAGUGCUACUAGGGUUAGAUCCCGUUUGGGGUUACUGACGUCACUGCUGUCGAAUGUUGAUUUGGGUAAUUUAGCGUUGACAUGUAACUGACCUAUCUGCUGUUUUUUUAAUCUGUAUUUUACUAAAUAGAUCAUAAGGUACCUGAAGGCAGGGAUCCUAAUUAGGGCUGCUUUGUGCCUGAAUUUUAUUGUGUCUUAUAGGAGAUCAUGUGCACUAUAGGCAAUCAAUAAAUCUUGGCUA